GCGGCGGAGGUCCUCCUGCGGCACGGAGCCGACCCCAACCUGCUGCUUGCAGGGGGGUUCGCCCCCAUCCAUCUGGGCGCUGCGGGGGGGGCCGGGGGAGGAGUGCGCUGCUUGCGGCUGCUGCUGCGCUACGAGGGGAUCCCCAAUGGUAGGGCUGCCGAGGGGCUCACGCCGCUGCACGUCGCUGCGUCCUGGGGGAGCUGCGGGUGCCUGGAGCUGCUGCUGCAGAACGGGGGGGACCCGGAGCUGCGGGACCAGGACGGGAAGCGAGCCAUCGACCUGGCGCUGGAGCAGGGCCAUGGGCUGUGCGUGCAGCUUCUGCGGGACUGGAGCCUCCCAGCCCCCCAGGGACCCCGGCGCUCAUUGUCCUUCUUGUCCGAGGAUCGCACCGCUGUGGAGCUGCUGAGCAGCACUCGCGUGUCCCAGCUGGGGGAGCCCGGGCUGGGGGGCAGCUGUGGGCUGGGGGAGCCUCCGUGCUGUGCUCAACCCUCCUUGGGUUCCUCCGUCACCCCGUGGCUCCCAGGGUGUCCAGCUCUGCCCCUGCAGCCCCUGGCAUCCAGCACGCUGCUCGGGGCUGGGGGUGAGCAUGAGGAGGUACCCCUAAAGGGAACGGGGGUGUGCAGCUCCCUGCAGCCCAGUGCUGGGUCCAGGAGCCCCCCCCAGCCCCUGCACUGCAGCAGGAACCGUGGGAUGCUGGAAAUAGAAAUCAGGGGCCAUGACCUCCCCGGGGACAGCAGCGAGGAUAGCGAGCAUUUCGUCACUGCAGUGGAGAUGUUGGAGCCCAGCAGGGCUGGGAUGUGCCCAGGAGAAGCCCCCUCCUCAGCAGGACCCUGGGAGCUGCCUGCCCAGAACCCCUUGGCUGCAGAGGAGCUGCCUGUGCUGUUCCAGGGCUGCAGCCUCGAGGGCUCCUCCCCCCACCCCCUGGAGCUCCCUAGCAGCCCUGCUGGCAUUGCUGUAGGGGAUGUCACUUCACAGGGGCUGCAGCCCCCCCAGUUCUGCCACGUCACCCCCCGCACCAAGAGCCGCCUUCAGGCCUUAGCAGCGAGGCUCAAUGCUUCCUCCUCCUCCUCCCUCUUUGACGCCAGCCUGGAGAAGCCCCGCAGGCCCCCCCGGAUCAGAGCACCCAAGGGCGUCCCCAGGGACCCUGCCACCACCCCAAGGCACUGUGUUGCCCUCGGUGGUGAGGAUGUGUCUGGUGGGGAUGUGGAAAGCACAGGGUCCUCAGGUGACACCCAGAUCCUCUCCAGAACCCCUAGCCAGCCCAGCUCCUCCCUGGGGACCAGCAGCUCCGGCCCCACAGUGCUGCUAGCUCCUCGGUAUCACGGCUGUGCCCAGAACCCUCUGUCAGGUGCUGAGGGAUCCCUCAGCCCUACUGAGCUGCUGGGUCCUGGGGAUCCCAGCCACCCCCAGGACUCCCCAUCAGAUGCUCAGUGUUCUGCCAGCCCCACAGUGCUGCCAGCUCCUGGGGACAGUGACAACCUCCAGGAUUCCCCAUCACAUGUUCAGAAUUCCACUCCUGCCACUGACCCCAGGGUCCUGGAUCCAAGGACCCCACCGAUGCCAUGCUCACCCACGGACUGCAGUCCCCACCGCCCCAUGGAACCCGAUGGAUGCCCACCCACUGAGCGGCACAGUCCCAAUGCUGAGACCACCAGUCCUGGGGACGGGGACCAAGAGCAGUCCCUGCGGGUGCUCUCAGAUGAAGCACUCCUCCGGCGGCUGCGGGCGCUGGGCUACGACCCAGGACCCAUCACAGUGCUCACCCGGCGCGUGUACCUGCGGCGCUUGGAGGAGCUGAGCCGCAGCCCAGCAGGGCACAGCCCUGAGCUGACAGAUGCGCUACGCACCGGCCAUAUCCCCAACUGCACCGCGGAUGAGACGGUGUUGGCACAGCAAUUCGACCGCCCCGACCGGAGCCGGCAUUGGCGCGAGGGGCUGCUCAAAGCCAGCUUCAACUACCUCCUGCUCGACCCCAGGACCACACAGGACCUCCCAUCGCGCUGCCACCGCCUGCGCCCCGUGGAGUGCUUCAGGACCUUCAUUGAUGCCAUCUUCUAUGUGGGCAAAGGAACGCGUGCCCGGCCCUACAGCCACCUCGCCGAGGCUGUGACCCAGCACCGCGUGGGGACAAGGAAGGGCUGUCCCAAAGUGCGGCGCAUCCUGGAGAUCUGGGCGAGUGGGAUGGGUGUCAUCUCUCUGCACUGCUUCCAGAGCAGCGUGCCGGCUGAGGCGUACACGAGGGAGGGCUGCUUGCUGGAGGCCCUAGGGCUGCGUGCCGUCACCAACCAGCGGAAGGGGAACUGCUACGGCGUGGCAGCCAGCUGGUCCCCGGCACGGCGCCGGCGCCUGGGCGUCCACAUGCUGCACAGGGCAAUGCGCAUCUUCCUGGCCGAGGGUGAGAGGCAGCUGCGGCCAGCCGACAUCCGGGCUGGGCGCUGAGCCCCCCUCCAAGGGCUGGAGGCACCCCCUGCUCUUCCCGAGGAGGUGGAGGGCUGCAUGCUGUUUUUUUUUUACUUCGUGAACGAUGGCGAGAAUGUUUCUAUUUAUUUUCUCUCUACCCCUAAGUGGUGAUGAGUAAAUGGCUGCAACAGCUCAGAGCCGCGCCUGCUGUCCGGCUUUGCGUCCCCGUGAUGGAGUCGGACGUGGCUGUAAAUACAA